AUGAUCCAUCUCACUCACUCUGCGCUACAUUGGAAGCUUCGCUGUAUCAUGGACUCGCCCACAAGCGAAGACGAGAACACACCGCCUAAUAUUGCGCGUGCGAGCACAUCCAAGACUAACCCAAGCAGCGAAAAGAGCUCCAGCGACAAGAGCAGUGACGACACGAGCUCUACUGGGACUGCAACACCGUCGUGGAUGCCACCGGGGUUCAGCAAGCUUGGCUACUCAAAAGCCGAGUCCAACCCACCUCCAGCUUCGCAGUCUUCGACGGAGACGGAAGCUUCUCCCCUACGACACCCUCGAACAGUGGCAAGCCCAACCACCUCAUCACCCGUGCUGCUGGAAGACGCAACACCACGGCCGUCACCGCUGACGACCACUCGGACAAAAGCGGUUGAGCGUCGUCAAGCGCGCCGUGAAGAAGCGGAUCCGUACUCACGAGAUCGUACUGUUGGCCGUCAAGAAGACCGGCCUGUCACAAACCCCAGCGGAUCCAUCCGUCCAGCUAAUGUGGAGUCUAGCGGACCGAGGUUGGGUUCAUCCCGUACUAGCGACGUCUUUGUGCCGGCACGUUGGCCCCAUCAAGUGGCCCACCUUCGCGAGCCGAUCCGCCGCGGACAGGAAGUCACCGCUGACUAUGGUGACGACCUAUGGUUCGUGUGCCGUUGUGGAAGCGCCGGUUGUCGCCACCGUGAUAUUCAAGGUUUCUGCGACCCAUGA